UUCUGAAAGGAAGAGGAAAAAACUCAGAAUUUCACUUAAAUUCUACAAACGAUGCUGCUUCCUUCUCCCCUCCUUUGAAAACGGCAUGGUUCCGACAACAUUCGGGAGUGGACGAGCAGCCUCUGCAGUGACCUGCGGGCCCCAAGCCCGUGGAGGAGGCUCUGCUCACACCACGGGCAACAGUCUCAGAGGCUCAACAGAACUUGUCUCAAAGGGCUUGGAAGACGUCGUGGCAAGAGGAGACCGAGUUUUCUUACAGGCUGAUGGUCUUCUCAACCAGGAAUGCCAUGACCCCACAUUUUCAGGGUUGGAGGAAAAGUAUUCACACGUGAUGUGAGGAUGUGUGGAUGAGAAAGACCUAAGAGGACCAACCUGGAUGGGCUUUCAGAGGCACUAGGGGUGUGUCUCCUGCUAGGUGGGGGCUGAGCCGCCUGGAACCACCCUGCUGACCUCCCCGCCCCCACCCCAUCACUGACGCUGGCAAGUGCUGAGAAUGUUCUAAGCUGAAGAGUGAAAGCUGGCAAUGGAGACUUUGCAGCUGAAAACGCUCCCUAAAAUGUCCAUCCUCAGACUGUUUUAGUGACGAUUAUACCCCCUGGGUGGAACAAUUAUUCUUCCACUGCAGAGUGACUAUCUCAAUGUUCUUAUUAAAUUUUAAUCGUUUUUCAAAUUGUGCUCUAUGUGUUUCUCCAAGUUCACUAACAAGCACUUCCUUUCCUAUAGGAAACUAAGUGUUUCAGUUAAAAGGCCAGGACUUUCCUUAGAGCUUCAUAAAAACACCACGGAGAAGGAUCCAGGGGCUGGAGAGAGGCACGGGCGAACGGACGGGACUGGGGAUCAAGUGAACUCAACUGUUCUAGACCAUUCUCUCAACUUCGCCCCAGCGCUUUCUACCACCUGCGUUCACUGGCAUUCCUGUCCUGACCGCUCAUUCUGCCAACCCUCUAUGACUCGGCCCCUUGAGCCCUUUCAGUCCAAUCCUUCCACAUUAGUUCUGAAAGGAUUCUUCUGGUCAGCAGCCUGCCAGUCUCCAGAGAAAAUAAUUUAUUAUCAAAACUCUAAUGUUCAAAUAUCAUUAAGACCAAAGGCAUGAAAACAGGGAUAGAUGCAUUCUCCUUCCAGUAAGAAACUGCCACUCCUAGAAUCCUUGGAUUUAAAAAUGUGGCCUCAUCUUUAUUUGCCUGAUUUUAUUCCUUUGAGACAUAGCUGGUAUUUACAAAUAGAGGCAACGUCUGUUUUUUGUUUUUUAAAAAGUUUAAAACCCUGAAUAAAUAUAGCAGCACCCCAUAUGAACUGUAGCAGUAGACUUCUAAAGUUUGAAUAUAACUUUGGUACCCAGUUAAGUUGGCUAAUAGUAUGUUUCAGAUAAAAGGAAAUCUCCACUCACAGGCAAAGCAGAGGAUCACAGAAAACUCACGCAAGAAGGCUCUUGCAGUAACAUGUCCUGCUUCUCCAGGAGACCUACACUGCCCUCUUUUCUAUACCUGCCUCCAGACACACUUCUCAGAAUCACGCUGUAGGAUGGAGCCCAUUUUCUGUAGAACCAUAGGAAAGCUACUUGGUAACUAUGGUAACAUUCAAAAUGCUUUUUACUUGUAAAUGAAUGCUUAUUUAAAAUUACAACCAUUAAAUUUCCUUGCCUGAGUUUCAAGUCUGUUAAAGGGUUUGAUUCCAAAAAAGAAGUCAGUACAUGGGCACUGGAUGCAGUUAAAAAUCCCGGUUUAAAUGUUGCCAGUCUCUUUCCAAACUCAGCUGAUCAGUAUACUAAAAUGACCUACUAAAAUUUCAAAUUAGAGCAUUUACAACUUUAAAUAUUUGCCUCUCCAACUCACUGUAAGGUCAAUGCUGCACAAAGCAGAGGUUCUGCUUCUCAACAUUAGCAGGCUGCAGGCGGGUGUCCCACUUCCCAGGCCGGGGUGUCUAGGACAUGACUGGUGAUGAGCUCAGAGCAGCACUUUGGCCUCAUGGGAGAACUGGGGUAAGAAGCUAUUAAAUCUCAGAUAUUGCCAGCUCAGAUCCUGAAUCAACAUGGUCCAGGGAACAUUGAAGACUGUACAGCCCUUUUUCUGACUUUGAGAUGAUCAUAACAUGUCAAAGAUCUCAAUAACUACCCCAUGGAAAGGUACAGAAACAAUACUGGCCAUUAUCGAAGAAAAGGUCUUCAACAGCUCCCAUGGUGUUCAGGACCAUUAAAGGGUAAGCCAGUGGAGAGGAAAAACGCUUAGGAAGUUACAGUUCACUGAGCCAAGAUAUGACCACAACUGGGAGAGGACAGGAAUGAUGUGAACAAAGGAUGCCUACAGGGAAUAAUCAGACUCCAGAGACAACACAAGGAUUCGACCUUCAAGGUAGGACUGUCUCAGAUUCGUGCAGACGGCAUGAAGGGUCCAGAGAUCCUGAGGCAGGAGAGUCAUGCUCGGCGUCAGGAGAAAUGAGAGUCGGAAUGAUACAAGAAGAACAGAUUUUGAACAGUCACUGUGUGUACUCUCAGAGCAUAAGCAUGUAAGAAGAGUGAGUAAGCUAAGGGCACGAUAAGACGUCUAAGAGGCAGCCAAAGUGAAGGCAGACGAUGGAGAGUGCUUUCUAAGACCUUAUUGGGGUUCAACUGAAGACAACUGACAGAAGAGAGUUAAGACACUGAAGGCUACUGACAAAAGGUAUGGAAAAUGAGAACCUUCCAUAAUGCUUGGGGAUCUAAAUAUAGACCUUCCAGUAUAACUUGGUUUGAAUUAUAAGUUGUAAAGCUGUUUUUAAAUGCUAGAUUUGAUAUAAAUAAAUCUUGUCUGGAAAACUGACUUUACAUUUUCAUGAAAUCCAGUUCAGAAUUUCUUUGGGAAAUAGCUCAUAAAUUUAACAUUAUAGGUUCUGUUCUAUGUGCAGAUUUUGGAAGCAUGAGAGCGCUAUUUAGAACUAAGUUUUUACAUGUGACCUCUCUGCUUUUGCCUACUUUCACAGUAUUUCACCACCACAACCACUGAAACAAAGUAUGCCUUUAUUCUCUAUGAGACAGAAAUUUGAGAGAACAGGCCACAAACUGUACCAUGCUUAUGGCUGGAGACAGAGAGAGAGAGAAAAAAAAAGAUUUCACAGCACUAGCUAAGAUGCCAAUACAUUUUUAUGAAAGGAAAAGAGUGACCUUCAUUUUGGAGAAUGAAUUCUAAGUUUUUUAUGCAGAGGGAAGCACUUAAGAGUCCAACAUUCACUAGUAAGUGAGCACUGUGCUAACUUAAUGCAAUGUCAUAUUGUUUACACUGAUUUUGGCCGUCUGUAAUUUAUCACUGCCAGCACUUGUUAAUUAAGAUGAACAGGCUGUCUGCAAGUCUGCGUUACACUGUAAUUUAUAAAAUGUACUGGUUAAUGGGAAGAAAAGAGUUAUAAUUGGGAAGCUGAGCACAGACUGCACAGACUGAUCAACAUAUAAAGGUUACUCAACCAAAGUGAAAAAAAAAAGAAAAAGGAGAUGCUCAUAGGGAAUGCUAACAGCAGUCUCACUCUUAAUGAAUCGCUUAAGCUGAGAGUGGUCUGAGAAGGCAGCAUCUGAGUGAGCUGGCUUGAGUCUGAAAUGUUAAAACUCAAACCUGAAAACAGCUGUUAUGAAACGACAAACAUGUGCUUUAUUACUUUUUUUUUCUAGAAACCUUAACUUCUAUUUUGGUCUCAGAUAUGAAAAGAAAUUUGGAAAACAAAAAGAAUGAACUGUAGGAUGGCAGGCAAAGCCGAGGUGCUCUGAUGCUACUGACUCUAAGAAUUCAGAAUCUCAGAGAAACCUCCUGAAACAGUAGAAUUCACAUUUUAAGAUGAUGAACAAAAAUAGAACAAUCGAAUUCAGACAGCCCAGGAUUUAACCUCUUGGGGAAUCAAUGUUAUUGUAACUAUACUGAACUAUACAAUUAUAUUCAAGGUAACACAGGCAUGGAGUCGCAUUACUGUAGAUAUUUCACAAAAGCCAGACCAUCUGGACCUCAGUGAGUCUCUGAAGCCAAUUUAUUUACCUUAUUAAUUCCUUCUGGAGUCUCUCUCUUUUGGUGAGAAAGGCAGUGAGGGAAGUUGACUAUUAACAGUGUUUUUUUCCUCCAGAUAUAGUAGCAUUGUCCCUGCUUCCCACAGGAAGCAUACAUGAGGAUUUGACCAGGAAUUAUUGUGGUAGGUAGAGGGAGACAGGGUGAGGAUGCUGAGAGGGGCAGAAGUGGGAAGUGGGCACUGCUGAUCUGCUGCUGAGGCGAUUUACCACCUAAGUAUUCUGAUCUGAAACAAUGAUGAUAGCCAAGAUUAUACAGCUAUGGUCUCCUUCAGCUCUAAGAGUCUAUGAAAAUGAAUGGAAUCGGCCUGAGGAAGAGGGAAAAAAAAAAAACCACCCAAAUGCCAUUAAAUACCAACUGUCACAUGACAUAAAAAUCUAAAAAUACUAAUGUCAGUUAUAAUUUACUGAGUACCUUCCACGGGUUAGAUAACUUCACUACCAUAUUUACCUCCACGAUACAGAUACUAUAAUCCUCCCACUUUCCAGAAGAGGAAAUGAGGCACAGUGGGGUUCUGGAAAGCCAAGAUUUGACCCAGCCUUUUGUUACCUGGUUCUCUGCUGUGCAGAAAUAGCUACAGUUCUGACCGAGCGCCGUCAGGGUUUUCUAAGAGGACAGAGGUCGCAGUGACGUCAUGGCCUCGGCGGGUGUCCAGCUCCUGGCUUUCGCCCUGGCCUUAUCUGGGGUCUCUGGAGUCCUCGCGGCCACGCUGCUGCCCAACUGGAAGGUGAACAUGGAUGCGGGCUCCAACAUCAUCACGGCCAUCGAGCGACUGGAAGGGCUGUGGAUGGACUGCGCGUGGUACAGCACCGGCAUGUUCAGCUGCACCCUGAAGUUCUCCGUCCUGGCCCUCCCCAGCCACGAGCAGGCCGCGCGGGCCACCAUGAUCCUGGCCUGCAUCCUCUCUGCGGUGGGGAUCUGCACUUCCACAGUGGGGAUGGAAUGCACUCGCUUAGGAGGGGACCCGGAAACCAAGAGGCAUGCCUGUUUUGCUGGAGGAGUUUGUUUCCUGUCUGCAGGGACCUCUGGUUUAAUACCGACUGUGUGGUACACAAAGGAGAUCAUAGCAAACUUUCUGGACUCGACGGUUCCACAAAGCAACAAACACGAGCCUGGAGGAGCCGUCUACCUUGGGAUCAUUUCGGCCGUGCUGCUGCUGAUCUCCGGCAUGAUCUUCUGCACAUCCUGUCUAAAGAAGAAUUCGGGAGCUUUGCUCCACCCAUGCAAGCAGCCACCCGUCUCCACCGCACAGCCAGAGGACAGUUCGGCAUAUAGCCUGAAGGACUAUGUGUGAAAAACUGUGUGAUGCACAUGGAAUUUUAGGUGCCUGCUGUGACUUUUGUCUUUAUUUUAAAUACCAGAAUUGUGCUUAACUUUCUACAAAGAAUGUAAAAAGUAUUUUACAUUCUACAAUGUAACUUUCUACAAAAAAUGUAAAAUACAAAGAAUGUAAAAAAUUUAAAAAUGAAGUUUUUCAAAAUGCCAAAUGUCAUGUACAAUUAUAUCUGUUUUACAUUAUUUUUCCAUUAUUGUCAUGUUUUAUCUAAAGGUUUAUAAAAGAAAGAGGUUCUGAUUGUAUUAAUAAGGCAAUUAUUUCAUGGCCUUUUCUUCCCUUUUAAAGAUAAACUGUUGAUACAUCUUACUAACUGGUACUUAACUGGACUUCAUAAAAGAACUAAACUGCCAACUAUAAAAAGCACCUUAUCCUGGUGUUAAUUCAGGAUAUCAUCUGCUUUUGCUAUCUCUGCCUGACAACCCUACAGUAAUUUACUUCUGUUUUCAAGCUCCAUUGUAUGACUGCACCUGAAGCACAGAAGAUGUCCACUUGUUUCAGAGGUUGCCCAAACCCCAAGUCCCCAUCCACUGUGACCUCCCAGUAGAGGAGGACAUUUUUUACAUUUUAGGAAAUAUAAUCUCCAUACAAUAUGGCAUUCAAAGAUUAGGUGGAAAUAAAGGAAACUGGUAAAUGCUACCACAGCAAAGCAAAAUCAAAUUAAACCCAAACUGAAAUCUCUAGGACUUUUAAAGCAUUAUGUAUAAGCUAAGUGAAAACAAGAGUCUACUUUAAAGUGCUUACGAACUGCCCUCUUCUGGCUGCUAACAAGAGGACUCACCAGAUUAGGUUCAUUUACCCCUAGCAUUUUUUAUUUACCACUAUCAUUUAAUAUCACACUGAUUAGUAUUUGAAUGCUAAAGGUUACUUUUAAGUUGUCGUUUUUUCUUCUCAAGUUUGAUUCAUGUUAAAAAAUGUUUUUACAAAUGAGCUGCUUCAAUUAGUUAAUGGUUAUGAAAAUGUUUUAAAGAAUGCUUUAAGUUAGAUUAUCUUAUAUGUAAUUCAGAUAUUUUAAGUAAAAACUGGAUUUCCCAAUGUGCAAAAGAAACACUGCACAUAGCUGUUUCUACUAAUUUAUUCAUUUUAGCUUACUUAUUAUUCAUAAUAUAAUGGUAAAGGGGGAAAGGCUACUUCAUUAUGCAUUAAUAACUCAGAAAGUGGGAAGUUAUCUUUUAUGUGAAUAAGUAAUUGUGCAUAUGAAACAGACUAAAAUAUAUUACACCUAUUUUAUUUGGUAGACCAUUCUCUCCUGUAUCAUCAUCAAAGAGCUAAAGAUAUGAUUUCACAAGGGAAUUAGGAAUGCAUUUAUAUAUAUAUUCCUUUUGAGUGGUCAAAAUAUCUUCUAAGCAAAUGUCAUCUAUAUUUUUAGCUAUAUGACUUGAGAAUAUACUAACUUUAUGGAAUUUUGAGGAUUUCCAACAUAGCAUGUAAUUUUGCAAAACUUGUUGCAUCUCUUUACCUCCAAUAAUUUCAUUCAUUUCAUUGUGCUUUAUACAUAAAAAGUAUCAUCUGCAAAAAAACAAUUUUGUUUCUUCCUUGGAUUUAUAUUUAUUGCUUAUUUUACUCCUGAGUACAUAUGAAAGCAUAACUAAUUAAACUGAAUUAUAAUUAAGCAUAAUUAAAAUGGAUUAUAAUUGUAAAUACUUUUAUUUCUAUUCAACACUUGUUUUAUCUGAUUUUUAAGGAGGACAACUCUGGUAUUUUUCUAAUUACAAAACUGACUUUUAAUUUACAUAUUUUUCUUUUAGGCUCAUCCACUUCCAAAAAGCAUUUGAGGCAACUGGGCCAAUAAAUACAAAAACCAAAAGAUAAAGAAGCCAGGCUAAAAUCACAAAGAAAAGGAAGACAGAAAGGAUGCUAUUAAAUAAUCCUGGUUUAUGGUUGUUAAAGCAAUUAAAUAUGACCUUUAGUUUUGAACUUC